CGUGACAAGUGGCACCUGCUCUGCGAAAGAGAUGGUGCCAGGACGUUUCUAAGGGGGACAAGCCAUGCUCACAGCCAUCGCCAACACGGCUCUUUUUCUUUCAGAGGCUAUGAUGGGAAAUCUGACCUUCACGUUGGAAUAACCAACAGUAAUGGCGUGGUGUAUAAUUACAAUGAAGAGGGCAUUCACAGAGCUGAAACUGGAUGGGAACAGUGCGUUAGUAUCCCACUAGUACAGCCAGACAUGUUUGGGCUUCUUCAGCAGUGGGAUACACUCCUAGAGGAAUUUUCUGGGGGAGAGGCCUGGCUUCCUCACAGGUAUGAAGAACGUGACCACAACUGCUACACAUAUGCACUGGCCUUCAUUAACAGUGUACUGACCGCACAAGGAAAACCGCAAAUGAGUAAAAGUGAAUUUACAGAGAAAUUUGUGAUCCCACAGACAAAGAAAGCUUCCAAAUACAUUACCCUGCAUCAGGAGCUAACAGCUAAUGAUUUCUACAUUGUACCCCUUCCCGAUCAAGAAAAACAGUGCUGA